AUGUUCCAGUACAUCGGUUGCCUGGGCGUGAAUGCAUCCAUGAAGACCCUCGACUACGACACCCGAUCUCAAGUGGCCGUGGAAUGCAUCAACAGGGUGUGUGAAGCGGCAGGCUUGAAGACGGUUGACAAAAAGCGAAAGGUGGACAAGAGGAUAGGGAGCGUACUGGACGAGAAGCCGUGCAUGGAUCAUGCGGGCUCGAACGUGACGUUGAGGGUCACGAGUGCAUGCCUUCGGCUGUGUUCGCUCGACACGGGCCAACUCAUCUCUAGUCAUGACAUGCCCAACAUCUCCUUUGCAUCCGGAGGAGACGCGGACACGUUGGACUUUGUGGCGUUCGUGGCCAAAGACGGGGCGCAAGGGAGGGCAUGCUACGUUUUGGAAUGCGGCGGGGGGCUUGCUCAAGACGUCAUCACCACCAUCGGCCAGGCAUUUGAGCUCAGGUUCAAGGAAUACCUCAAGAAAGCUCCUCGAACCAAUGGUGCCACAUCCCUUAGGCAUUGUUCUGAGAGCACCUCCACCACCUCUUUAGGAGCUCGGGGCCCUGCAUUGGGACGAGGAGAUCCUGAGACAGACCAGGAGUAUUAUAAUGAUCUGCCAGGGAAGAUCCCUCCAGAUCUGGGACCAACCACGUCCUCCCUCCCACCUCCCCUCACCAUGGCACCAACUCUCAAGAAACACCCUUCUGAUUCCCCAUCCUCUUCUGCUCAUCGGGAUGCAAGCUCGGAUCUGAUAGACCUGAAUUCGCACCCGGCAACUCCUACGACACCCGCCACUCGCACGGAUGUGCAUGAAUACGUCAACGACUCUGUGGUCUUUCAAAAGGGAAGUUCAAGAGGAGCAAUGGGAGGAGUCCCUCCUGCCCCACCCCCAAUGCCUCUCACAUCCACCCAGACUUCCAUCCAGAAGGACCCAUUUGACAUGCAGCCAUUUACUGCCGCCAUCCCCUCGACUUCAUUGGUUGAUGGUGGAGGGAGUUUAAAAGCCCAGUUAGAGAAAGAGCCCUGGUUUCAUGGUGCCAUCAGUCGAAAAGAAGCCGAAGCCCUCCUUAAACAUGAUGGGGAGUUCCUGGUUAGAGAGUCACAGGGGAGUGGGGGUCAAUACGUGUUAACGGGGAUGCAGGGAGGACAAAGGAAGCAUCUUCUCCUUGUGGACCCUGAAGGAGUGGUAAGAAUUCAUGGACUUUUCAUGUUUUCCUUGACAUAA